GGACGCCUCACACGCAACACGUUCCCCUACAGGCCACAGCAUAUACUAAUGUAUUACAUCAGGUAGGAGUAAGAACGAGCAGCCAUGAGGAACUUAGUGCUGGUUAACCAGAAAAGCUGGAAGGUUCCCACUGGUAAUCCGGGUAUAUUCUGUAUAGACGCCAUCACCAGGUCUAUAUACCACAUCAACAGUGAAGAGGUUUAUUGCUUCAAGAUUGGUGAUUGUGGUACCGACUCCCUUUUGGCAAUCACUUGGAAGGAUCAUGAUAUCUGCACAUCAAACGUAAUCGCAGCAGAUGUUAUCACGGCCAAUGAUUGCAUCUGUGUGGUGACGGGGGAUGGAGACGUGAUCACAGUUGACAAAGAGACACAGGAGGUGGAGGUCGUCGGGAGUGUUGAUGCUGGGAUACAUGCUGCUUGCUGGAGCCCUGAUCAAGAACUUCUCAUUCUAGUGACCAAUAAUGCAAAAGUAGUAGUUAUGACAGCAAUUUUUGAUGCCAUUGCUGAAUAUUCCCUCAAUCAAGAUGACUUUGGAGAGAACAAAUUUAUCAAUGUUGGGUGGGGGAAGAAAGAGACUCAGUUCCACGGUUCAGAGGGUAAAGAAGCAGCCAAGGUUGUGAAGCGUACAGUUAAAGCGGUCCAUCCUUUAGAUGACCGCAGGCCACGAAUUAGUUGGCGAGGUGAUGGCCAGCUCUUUGUAGUAAGUUAUGUUAGACAAGAUACAGAUAGUCGUUGUCUUCGAGUGUUCAACCGAGAGGGAAUCUUACAGUACACCAGUGAAGAUGUGGAUGGGUUAGAAAAUGUUGUCUCCUGGAAACCCUCAGGUAGUUUGAUUGCCUCUUCCCGGAGGCUUUCAAACAAGCAUGAGAUAAUAUUUUUUGAAAAAAAUGGCCUUAAACAUGGCGAAUUUCCUUUGCCCUUCAAAUCCACUGAGAUGCUUCUAAAAGAUGUUGCCUGGAAUCAAGAUUCUAAUAUUCUUUUAGUUUGGCUGAAGCCUAUUGAAGGAACUGAGAGGUGGCACUCAGCAAAGUCUGUUAUUCAAUUAUGGACAGUUGGGAACUACCAUUGGUACCUUAAACAAGAGCUGAGUUUCAAAGAAGAAGUAAGAUAUUUAUCUUGGGAUAAUGAGAACCCUCUCCUGCUACAUCUGCUAACUCUUAACCAUCUCCACCACUACACUUGGGUGGUAACUACCAACAAGUCCUGUGGGUUUGGUCCUUUAGAUCUUGCUCAUGUUGCAGUGAUUGAUGGCCAAAAAUUACUCAUGACACCAUUCAGGCAGUCAGGCAUACCCCCUCCAAUGUCAGCAUAUGAGAUAACAUUCACAGGGCAGAUAAAUGCUGUCAUGUUUGCUCCACCAGUUGUCAAGGUCUGUGAAGCUUCGCCAGAUAACUCUCAGUGUGUCGAAGAUUCAGGGUUUCUUGAGACUUUAGAUCCCCCUGGUUGUAAUAGUAACAACCUUUGUGUAUUUCAUGGAUCAGAAACUUUAACAUUCUUAACCCAGGCUCAUGCUGAUGAUAUUCUAGAUGAUUAUGGCUGUGGUGUGAGGGUAACUGGUGCUGGAGGAAACGGCUACUCCGUUCAGGUCAAAGUUCACAGAGUAAUUGCUCAACACAAAAUAGAAUGGGACCCUGAACAGAUUAUGUUGGACUUAGAAUUCUCUAAAUUUUGCAGCUGGGUCUGGGCAGCAAAGAACACUCUUCUAGCGUGUUACAAGACAGACGAUGCUUGUUCUGUUGUAAUUAUGGAUCUUCAGGGUAUAGGAUCUGAGCCAGCACAAGUAAUAGUAAAGGCAGUCUUGCCCACAGAAGUCUCAAUCGUCAGUAUUUCUCCUGCUCCUGAUGGUACUGUUGCUGUCCUUCAACUUGAAUGUGGAUCACUACUUAAACUUGAUUUGCAGACACGGAUGAUUGAACCUUUAUGUGUAAAUGGAAAAGAUAUUAGAUUUCCUAGUGUCUGUGAGCAAGUCAGUCUUUGUCCAGUCAAAGAUGGGUCACAGUUUAUGCCCUUAGGGUUAACUUGUAGAAAUCGAUUAUAUUGGGGAUAUAAUCAACUUUUAGCCAACUGCACAUCAUAUCACAUCCACACCGAUCAUUUGCUGGUGACGACAACCAACCACAUCCUUGAAGUGAUGCCUCUUAUGGAAAGUUACAUGAGUAAACGAGUGGCAGGAGGUGCAGAAGACUGUGGUGUAGCAGGGUCACGAAAAGUAGAAAGAGGAUCCCGUAUUGUGACGGCCGUGCCUCAGGAUACCCGAGUGGUCCUACAAAUGCCUCGAGGCAAUCUUGAAGUAGUGAAUCCUCGCCCCCUGGCAAUUCACACACUGAAACAACUCCUAAAUGAGCACAAGUACUAUCAAGCAAUGGACAUUAUAAGAAAGCAACGAGUAGACUUGAAUCUAAUAUAUGAUCAUAAUCCAGCAGAAUUUCUGGCAAAUAUUACUCACUUUGUGCAAAAUGUUGAUAAUCCUCAUCGGAUAGACUUAUUUAUAGCUAGUUUGAGUGAAGUUGAUUUUACUACUACAACGUACUCUUUCAACUACAGUAAUCGACAGCAUCAUGAUAACAAAACCGAGGCGUCGGGUGGUAAGAUUGACAUGGUGUGUGAAGCUCUUCGAGAGGCAAUGAUUUCUGUUGACGAGGAAAAAUUUCUCCUGCCGAUUCUGACUUCAUAUGUUAAAAUGACAAGCAGUCAGAUGGAUGUUGCUCUGAAAAAGAUCCAAGAAAUAAAGGAUAUAAAGGACAAGAAGUUUAAGGUAUCUGCAGAGGAAGGACUGAGACAUCUACUCUACAUUGCCGAUGUUAAUGAAUUGUAUGAUGUUGCCCUCGGGACAUACGACUUUGAUCUAGUCAUGAUGGUUGCUGAGAAGUCCCAGAAGGAUCCCAAAGAAUAUCUCCCUUUCCUGAAUGAACUGAAACAAUUUGAAGAAAACUAUAGAAAAUUCAAGAUCAAUGUAUACCUGAGGAGGCAUCAGAAGGCCUUAGAAUGUUUGAGGGACUCAGAUGAUCAUGCUGAGGAAUGUCUUAAUCUUAUUGUGUCAGAAAAAUUAUACAAGGAAGCUUUACAAAUAUUUCCUCCAUCUUCUGAAAUGAACAAAGCUGUCUGUGAAAGGUAUGGGAUUUAUCUCAUGGCAAAACAGUACUACAAUGAAGCGGGAGUCAUGUACACACGUGCCGACAAGCUUGACGAUGCUCUAAAUGCUUACCAGAAGGCUGGAAACUGGAAAAUGAUCCUUAUUGUUGGAGCACAGCUUAAUUUUAAUAAUGAGGAGAUGAAUGUUCUCUGUUGCACUCUAGUGGAAUCCCUUAAAAACAGGAAUAAUUAUGUAGAUGCUGCAUGGGUUUAUGAGGAAUAUCUUAAAAAUGAAGAGGAGGCACUGGACUGUCUAGUAAAAGGUAGUCAGUGGGAUGAUGCACUCAGAGUGGCUUAUAAAUAUCAUCGCUUAGAUCUUGUGGACACCAACAUUAAGCCAGGUGCUGAAGAACAGUACAGGUUUUGCACAGCAGAAAUAGAGAGGUUGGCGAGUAUAUUUACACAAUACUGUUCGAGACUUGCUGUUGUGCGGGAAAGUAAAGAGAAGCAGCACCUUGAUAUGUUAGAGGGAAAUUGUGAAGGUCAGCUUGAUUGUGAUCUCUAUUCAGACACAAGUACAGUUACAGGAAUGUCUUAUUCUAGAAGUCAUGCCACUGGCUCUCGUACUGGAACCUCACACACGGGGAAAACGUUUCGUUCCUCAAAAAACAAAAAGAAAUUAGAACGAAAGAAAUUUAGCACAAAAGAAGGAGGUGCAUAUGAAGAUCUAGGGCUAGUUUCUGCUCUUUACGAAUUGCUUACUACAGCUAAUGGUAUGACUGCAUCUGUCAUGGCUCUGUGCACCAUUUUAGUCACCUUCAAGAUGGAUCGUGAAGCUAUUUGUCUUCAGACAAGUUUUUCUGCUCUUCUGACACUAAUGGAUAGAAAGAAAGCUGAAAUAUGGCCUGCAUCAGUGCCCUUACACAAUGAGGAACCUGAAUUUGGUCCUCAGUUAACUACGGAAGGAGUGGUAAACAGGAUUAGAGGUGGUGGUAAUGGUGAUGUGUCCUUUGUGGCUCAACGAAUGAGGGAGUUAGACCCUCAUCUCAGGCACCCCCCACCAGUGAACAGACUGUCCAACUGGAGUUUGUAUAUGCUUAGAUAAGGUAGAUAAGAGUCUCUCAUAGGUAAACUUUUAUGAUUAUCUUUGCUACAUUUUUUAUUUUAGAAUUGUGGAAUAUAAGGAAAAACAAUUAAUACUGCAUUGCCAUGCACACAAGAAUUUUUUUAAAGGAAUAGCUGUAGAAUUUUAUCUGAAAUAUUGAUUUUGGUUAUGUAAGUAGUGCACUUGACAGGUAAGGAAGAGAGAAAGUAAGGUUUGGUGUAUAAUUACAUCUAUCAGAGUAAAACAAUUUAAGUACAAAUUAAGUAAUAUUGUUAAUUUCCAGAAAGACUAGUAUAACUUCCCACUAGCAAGGGGAAUAGUGCAGAAAAUUCAUGGAAGAGAAGGUGUGGAGGUAGUUGAUGAAGUUUGGAAAUAUAAUGCCAAAGUGUAAUGAAGGAGUUAUAGCCACAAAAAAGUAACCAAUUUCCUUUUAAUGUGCUGUACUGUAUUUAUUAAAGAUAUGAGUAUUCUUAUAUAAUAAAAAUAUAAUAAUAUUUAUUCAGUCCAAUCUUCAUACAUGUUUACAAUUACCUUGGCAAGCAUACUGUAUAUACUAUGCUGGCAAACAGUUCAGCACGUGUAUAGACAAUGCAGGUACUGUAUAUACUGUACAGGUACUCCUCGACUUUCGACCACCCUGACAUACGACUGCCGCAGUCGUAGCAAAAUUUUGUCAAAUUACGUAUUUUCGAGUCCCGACAUAAGUGAGUGUGCUGUGUACUGACAAAAUUUUUGUUUGUAAUUCCCUUUAAAUU